AUGAAAACAAGUCGCUUGCAUACUCUAUAUGCUCAAACAGCAGAGCACAGAGAGCACAUCUACAAGUACUUUGCGGCGCUAUCCAGGAUUAAACGGGAAUUUAUCCUCUUUCCCAACCUUCCCCCGCCUCUGGCUCUCAUUGCGGUAAGCAAGGAACUGAUUGGAACAAACACGCUUCAAACAGGAAGCGUAGUCUUGGAUCAACUCGCUCCCAUGUUUCAGUAUGUACUGACACGUGCCAGCUUGGAGGGACUCUCUCAGUGA